AGAUGUGGAAAGUGCAGGGAAUAGUAUCGGAGGUGAAUACAAACCGUUACAAGAAGCAUCCAUGUAGUCACGUGAGUACAGGUGUGGCUCUGCAUCACGUGACAUGCAGCGUGACGUCAGAUCACAACAAUUUGAAACUGCAGAAAAUCAACCAGGACCACGCCCACGCUUACAUUCCUUGCCGUCACGUGCGUAUGCAGACACUGAAGAGCAUGAUGAUCCAGAGUCUACCAAAGAACUUGAAGAGACUGACAAAGAAUCUGCGCAUGCGUGUUGUUCAUUAAUAGCAGACAAUGAGGCGUGGCAAGUUAUUCACAGUAACUUCUACUUCUUGUCUCAAAAACUUUAUUUGAGUCACGAAUUUCUCAUCUGUCUGUUUGAGCAACGUUUCAUAACAAAAGAUGACUAUGAAUAUCUCAACAGCAGAUUUGUCACUCGCAGAGACAAAGUCGAUCGUCUCCUUAUGGACAUUCUUCCCUGUAAACCACCUGAUAUGUUUUAUGCUUUCUGUGACAUCCUUCGUGUUGUGGGUCAAUCACAUGUCGCUGAAAAGUUAGAAGAAAAUCCUGGGAGAGUUGAGCUUGUCUCACCAGGAAUGAAGAGGUCACAAGAAAGUGUUAGUCUUCAAAGGCAAGUGGAGCUGCUGCUUGUUCGAGUGUCUCAACUGGAAAAGGAAAGAAGAGCAGCCGUCACACGUGGAGAGAAAAUGGCAAAACACGAGAGACAACGAGCUGAGGCUGCAGAAACACGAGCUUGUAAUGAGAAAACUCGAGCUGAUGCUGAAAAGAUACGAGCAGAUAGUGCAGAGGUACGAGUGAAGGAAGUGGAGACAGAAAAGAUGGGAAUUGAAUGGACAAAUUUAUCAUUUCGAUGUUAUCAUCAACAUUCAGAUAAUUACAAGCAGAUCAAUGACAGUCUGCCAUCAUGAACACAGUGGAAUGUACACAUACCUCAUGACAAGUGGUGUUCAUGUAAUAGAAUGGGAGAGAUUGAAGGCAGACUAGUGGUAGGAGAUGAUGAUGGUAAUUUGCAUGUUCUCACUUAUGAACAUGAUAAGUGGGACAAGUUUGUCAGAAAGAAUGGUGACAUCUGGAAUGUAGUGUGUCAUCAAGGUGUGUGUCUGGUGUGUGUGAAGGAUGUAGAUAAACAUCAGUUUGUGAUUGAACAAUUUUAUUUGAAUGAAGACAAGA